AUGACAACAAUUGCCCCUCCUUCCCCGCUCCCCGAGUUCGUCUACAAGAUCACUCCGACGGCGCCGCCCGAUCCGAUACCCGAGGCAUACCCGCUUUCGGACCUCGACCGGCAAGAUGGCUUUGUGCACCUGAGCACCGCGUGGCAGAUCCCCAUCACGGCCGACCUCUUCUUCACCAGCACGCCCGAGUUCUGGAUCCUCAAGCUGCGCCUCGCCAACUUCGCCCCCGCCAGCGUCAAGUGGGACGAGACCCCCGGCACCAACGGCUGCCCGCACCUGUACGGCAACUUUGGCGCCGCCGACAUCGUGGGCGCCAGGCGCUUUGCCCGCGGGCCCGACGGUCAGUCGUGGCGCGACACGCUGCAGGCCGAGGCCGCGUGGCUGGAGUAG